AUGAUCUUCAACAUCUUCGCUCUCCUUCCGUUUGCCCUCCUUGCUGCUGCCCAAGCCAGCCAAUGCGACACUGGUGCUAUCCAGUGCUGUGAAAAAGACAGCAUGUAUUCGCAAACGCAGCCCAAUCUGACCGAGCUCGGCCUGGUUGACGUCGCUGUGGUAGUGGACGCAUUUGUGGCUCUCACGUGCUCCGGUAUCAACGUUGUCGGUACUUCUACCGGCUGUUCCGCUAACCAGGAGCCUGUUUGCUGCGAGAACGAGAAAUACAAUGGCGGCGUCAGCAUUGGCUGCACUCCCAUCAACAUCAGCCUUUGA